UCUCCACUUCCUCUUCUUCCCCAAAUCGCGUAUAGUUUUCUGAUCAGUUCAGCCCUAGGAAUCCAAUCUACAAUUCGGGAGAAGGAGAAAAAGGAAGAAAAUGGCAGGAGGACACGGCCAUGGCGUAACGUACAAAGGCGUUACUUUGCAUCAACCCAAACGCUGGCACACUGUCACUGGCAAAGGCCUUUGUGCCGUCAUGUGGUUUUGGGUUCUCUAUAGGGCAAAGCAAGAUGGUCCUGUGGUGUUGGGCUGGAGGCAUCCUUGGGAUGGCCAUGACGGUGAUCAUCACUAGAAUUGUGGUUCAGUGAUGCUUAUGUGGACCGUGAAGCAAUUCUCACGAUCUUUUCUUGGUGUGAAUGGACAUUUGUGGGGGUAUCUAAAAGUUGUGUACAAUAAGACGACUAAAGAUAAGUCGUCUAACAUUGUAUCAGUGAACAAUUAUUCGAUGCUGUGUGUUUUCCUAUUAUGUUUGUGCCAGUAUUUUGUUAUUUAUUUCCCUUUGUUUAACAUGAUUCUUGUUAACGAAAAGAAAAUUCUACUCUA